CUCUUCUCACUUCUCAGUAAUGGAAAAGGAAUGAAUGAUGGCGAUUGUGAUGAUGCAGAGAGCAAAGAGGCUCACUUGUUGUCCAAUCACCUUCACCUUCAGCUGGAAUUCUCUCUGUUUCCAUUCUGCUGCUAACAUCGAAGACCAUCAAACACUCUACCGUGUUCUUGAAGCCUGCAAACACUCCUUCAAUUCCGGAACCGCAACUCAAACCCAUGCAAGAAUAAUCAAAUUUGGCUAUGGAGCCUAUCCUUCUCUUGUAGCUAUAUUAAUAUCAACUUAUGCUCACUGUCAUCGCCUCAAUCUCGCUCGUCGACUUAUUCAUCAGAUUUUUUCUUGGGAUUUUGAUUUGGUCUCUGUCAAUAUAGUUAUUGAAACACUUAUGAGGAUUGGAGAAUGUAAUUUUGCAAAGAAGGUGUUUGAUAAAAUGCCCACAAGGGAUACGGUAACAUGGAACUCGGUCAUUGGGGGUUAUGUUAAGAAUGCACGGUUUGAGGAGGCUUUGGCAUUCUUCAGGGAGAUGCUGAGCUCAAAUGUUGAACCGGAUGCGUUUACAUUUGCUUCUAUACUAACUGGGUGUGCAAGGCUUGGAGCUCUUAAUCAUGCUCAUUGGGUACAUGAUCAAAUGAUUCAGAAAAAAAUUGAACUCAAUUUUAUUCUGAGUUCUUCACUGGUAGACAUGUACUCCAAGUGUGGUGCAAUCCAAACUGCUAAACAAGUUUUUGAGAGUGUGAGGCGUGAUGAUGUGUCUGUUUGGAAUGCAAUGAUCCAUGGCCUAGCAAUUCAUGGUCUUGGUUUGGAUGCAAUUGCAAUAUUCUCAAAGAUGGAGGAUGAACACGUUUUACCUGAUUCAAUAACUUUCAUUGGAAUUUUAACGGCAUGUAGCCACUGUGGUUUGGUUGAACAAGGUCGCAAACACUUUGAUUUAAUGACAAGUUGUUACUCGAUUCAGCCACAACUUCAGCAUUAUGGAGCUAUGGUUGAUCUCUUAGGUCGAGUGGGGCUUUUGGAAGAGGCUCAUGCCAUAAUUGCCUCAAUGCCAAUGGAGCCAGAUAUUGUUAUAUGGAGGGCACUUCUUAGCGCUUGUAGAACUUACGGGAAGCCAGAAUUAGGUGAGGUUGCAAUUGCAAAUAUAUCCCGUCUCAGGAGUGGAGACUAUGUGUUGCUCUCUAAUAUCUAUUGCUCUGUAAAGAGAUGGGAUAGUGCUGAGAGAGUGAGAGAAAUGAUGAAAAAGACAGGAAUUCGUAAAAAUCGUGGAAAGAGUUGGGUUGAGUUCAAGGGUGUCAUUCACCGAUUCAAGGCAGGUGAUCGGUCACACCCUGAAACAGAAGCAAUAUAUAAAGUGUUGGAAGGGUUGAUCCAACGGAUCAAGUUGGAGGGAUUUACCCCUGUGACAGGGUUGGUUUUGAUGGAUGUCUCUGAAGAGGAAAAGGAGGAAAAUUUGAAUUGUCAUAGUGAAAAGUUGGCAUUGGCCUAUGGGCUCCUGAAAACUAGUCCUGGAACAGAUAUUAGGGUUUCGAAAAACCUGCGAAUUUGUCAUGACUGUCAUUGUUGGAUAAAACUGGUUUCUAGAGUAUUAUGCAGAGUGAUAAUUGUGAGAGAUCGAAUCCGUUUUCACCGGUUUGAAGAUGGUUUGUGUUCUUGUGGAGAUUACUGGUAGUCAAUCCCCAAAGGCAAAUAGAUAUGUCCUUUUCGGUACAUUCAUAAGGUUAGAGUGCAUAACCAACAGUUGCAAUUCGGCUGAUUGGCUGAUUGACUCUUGUUGCUAGUUGAAGAAAAGAUUGAAGACUGUUUUAUCAGCAACUUUAGUUGUCUGUCAAAGUUAUGUGUCAUUCAAAGAAUUGAGGACAACUUGUUUGUUGGCAGCAGAUGAAAAUUUGGUCAACAUCAUUUGAAUCACUUGAUACAGCCAUCAGGUUUUGGUGAUAUAGACUAAAGUUAGAGUUAGACGCUUAAGCAGAAUGAAGAACAUCUGAUCUCUUAAGCCUAAUCAAAUAGUUGAGGGUGCUCUAGUUGAAAUGGCAAUGCUAACAGAUUUAGGUGAAGCCUCACAAGAGUAUACUUGUUACUAAAGAGUCCAUGAGGUAUGUUAAUAGUUGCAAGUUGCUCAAAUUUUUAUUAAUUUUUCUUUUUUGUACUUGCAAUUGUCAUAGUCAUUGGUACGAUGUUGUGUAAUUUUUAUCUUUUUGUUGCUACAUCAUCGUAGUGUGUUCUUCUAAUUUCUUAUGGCAAUAAUUUGUAAAUUUCUAUGACGUUCUUCUAAUUUCUUAUGGCAAUAAUUUGUAAAUUUCUAUGACACCAA